CAGGGGAAUGGAUUCUGCAAAAUAUGAGCUUCCGCGUGACAUUUAUUUGGCUGAAACUAAGCACAGCAGUUAUUCUGAUUUGUGGACAAUUUUAAAGGCUGUGGAAUGCCGGGUAUUGAAGAUAACGUAUUUCUUGAACUACAAAAAGGCCAACACUUUGCCAGACGUUAGGAACGACGUAACCGAGUUCCUCGAGCAUCUGACGAAAGCUUCAAAAAUUUCCGGCUUCGUAAAGCCGCGACUGUUUUUAUUGAAAGCGUACAUGAACGUUAUUCGAGGGCGCAUGAACAAGGCGAAAAAACUUGUUGGUGUGGCUCUGAGAAAUGCUCACAACCAAGAAAAUCUCCUCAUGCAAGCCUCCAUCGAACUUCAUAGAAAGGCCUGGUUCGAUAAUUAUUCAGCGACGAAUAUACACUGGAUAGAACUUGCCAAUCAAGAAGAACGCGUCGAUUGGCACGACGUUUGCAAUUUGUCAAACGUUGAUUACAUGUCGAUUAUGUACUGCCUUCCAAAACCAGAAAAUCACCUUUGA